CCGGUUGCAGCGAACUAUCAUCCAACGCCCCAAAUUGAUAUUCCUCCCCUAGUCCCGCCAACAUGCCUAUUCUCACCGAUAUCCCAGUUGAAACUCUGCUCGACAAUCUCCUACCGUAUGUGCCGGCGCCUGAUUUGUGCCGUCUAGCCUGCACAAACCGUUUCUUCGCGACGCUGUGUAACGAUGACACCUUUUGGAAGCGUAAACUUCAAGAAGACUUCAACUUUUCUGGCGAGGGGACAGCCAGGACGAGCGGCUGGAAGUUCAUUUACAAGGGCCUAAGCAACCCGAGAGUUUUCGUCUGGGGCGAGACCUCAAACGGGCGGCUUGGAUUGACCAAAUCUCCCAGAUAUUCGUUCGGGGGAGGUGUGCCGGCCCCUGCGGAGCUACGUAUUCCAGGUGUUCGCAUAGUCAGUCUGACCGCAGGAGGGAUGUCGUUCCAUGCCCUCGACUCCGAAGGACGCAUCCAUGUUUGGGGUGCCCUGAACGGGGAAUUCAUGUCCCUAAGAAGCGAUGGCUUCUCGGUGCCGGAGAAAAGCGCAUCUAAGCCACUGCGAUUACAACUGCCAACUGCAAUCCGGAGCAUUAGCUGUGGGCGACUGCAUUCGGCUGCUUUGGAUGCGAACUCCGAUGUAUGGAAUUUCCGAAGCUGGGGUCGGCCCUUCCGCUUGGUAUCUCCUCUGCUGGAUAAAUCCAUUCCAGAGAGCACCCCCGCUCAAAUUGAGUGUGGCUGGGCGUUCACCUCCGUACUUACUCAGUCUGGAGAUGUUAUCAUCUGGUGGCCGUUCCUGGAUGACAUGCACCGGAUAUUCGGCGAACGGGAUGAAGAAAUGAACCAAGCCGGUGACAAGCGUGCUGAAGAGACACCCGAGGGUUCAAUUGCGUGUGUACCCUGGGACAUGCAGCUCGACCCGUUCAGACUCCCGCCGAUCCCUCGGAACCUUCCCGAGCUACUCCAGACAGGAGAUAGCGACGAAGCUCCGAAGAAAGAGACGAAACUCGUGAAAAUCGCUGCUGGGGAUAACAUGAUUAUCGGGCUGACCAACAAGGGGCAUGUCUUGCAUUUCGGCGGGCUCGGUGGGCCCGCUCAGCUAUCCCAAGGAAGAUGGGAAUACUUGCCGCGGUUUAGUGAGGUACAAUACGUACGGGAGCACCCCACGUUCUCUCCCCCGGCGUUCUCUCUAGGGGCUGCUUGGCCUGCCCCACUUGAGCCUCCCGAGACCAUGCAGAUCACACACAUAUCCGCGCAUUUCCAGACUUUCACGGCCUACUCGACCGGCGCAAGCUCCGUCGUCCUCAUGGGCUCGACGCGCACGACCCCGGACGAUGCCCCGGACAUGAUCCCCGCGUUGCAGAACAAGGGCGUCAUCUCGGUCGUCCUCGGCGACUACCACUACGGCGCGCUCACGUCCACGGGCAAGCUGUACACGUGGGGCGCGUUCUCGAAAGGUGCUUUGGGCCUGGGGAACCCCGUGGACAUCGAGGUGGGCCAGCCCGGCGGGUUCGCGACGCAGCAGCAAAGGGAUAGGGCGCGCCACCAUAGCUUCGGGACGCCGCCGAGGGUGGAGGUGCCUACCGAGGUGAGGUUUGAUCAUGGGCUGAAGAAGAGGAGGGAGAGGUUCUGCUUUGCGGCUGCUGCCGCAGGGUGGCACACUGGCGCCUUGGUCAUCGACUUGGAGCCUGGCGAUGAGGAAGAGGAGGAGGUAGCGGAACCGGCGGCGGGUGAAGGACCGAGGCCGGCUCAGACGCAGCCCGUCCCGGCUCAAGUACCUUUCUUGGGUCGGGGGAUGCUACCAUUUCGCGUUGGAUUCCCCGGAAGAGGGAGGAGAAUUGGGCCUGGUAGAGGCCAAGGCCCUCCGGGCGAGAGCUCCUGAACGGGCAUGCCCACAUAGACUUGUAAGAAUUGGGGGGCUGCAGUAUAUAUAGCUCGAUGGAUCGCCG